UUGCCAUACGAAAUUCGCAAAACUCACAGAACUUUCUACAGAGAUCGGAAAAUAGCACCAUCCACAAUGGGCUGGCUGUGGAAAAACGACGGAACUGACAACGUCUCGUCUUCCUCCGGCGACCACGGCGGAGACCACCGCGCCACCAGGAAGGUGGUGUCCUCCCAGUGCCGCACGGAGGAGGUGGAGCCUGGGAAAUUCAUCCGCAAGUGCGAGAAAACGGAGCAGAUCUUUAAGGACUGCAUCGGAAGGCCAAGUGAGAUGGUACAAUCUACCAAAGAAUACACAGAAGAGGAUGUGACAGAACAAAUGACCAAAGGCCCAUUCCCUUCGGAAUCUUAUUUCCCGGGUCUACGUCGUGACAUUGAAGGCAUCGAGCAAGACUUGUUUGGAGGCAUGAGCCGUUUUUUCGAGGCAGCCGAGGAUUUGAAGAACGAGUUCUUCAGCUCGAUUGGUGUACCAAAACGCCCUUCAUCUGGCGAGCGUGGGAUUCACGUCGAGGGUUCCCCUCAACAGGAAGCUCUUCCGAGUAAUGAUAGUGGUGUAGAUGGAGAUGUCGAUCUCUCUAGUUUGGCGAAAGAUGUUUGAAUCAAAAUGAAUUUUGGAUUUUAGUUAUAGUUUAUGUUUAUGUAGAAUGAAAAAUCGAACCGAAUCUCAAUCGCGCCAUUGUAAAUCCUUAGACGGUAUAUUGUGAUCUUUUUGCUUAGUGUGAAAUGGAACCUCUCUCAUUUUACUAGAUGCUUGUUUUGAGCACCUCUAAAGAUUCAUGUUGAAAUUCUCGUA